UGAACCGAAUACAAAAUAGGGAAGGCAGAGACGAAGACGAAGACGAGUCACUGUCGCUUCGGGGGUGUACGCUCUCUCCGCUACCAACUCUCUUUCUCUCUUCGCCCCAAACCCUAAAGCUCCACUCUAAACCCAAACCAAUGCUACUAAUCACAAGAUUGGGGCUUCACGACACCAGUUGAUCCAACCAUGAGGAACUGUUUCUAGUCAGAGAGCCCAGAAAAGACACUAGGGUUGUUGAUACUGUUCAAGAAACUGUCAUGGACUCUGAAAUCUUCUUAGAUGUUGAAGCGGAAGACAGGGAAUCUGAUAAAGGUGUAAAACAAAAUGCAAAUGAUAAUUUUGCAGGGAGAGAAAUAAUCACACAGGAUGAGGAUGGGAAUACUAAACCAUAUGUCGGAAUGGAGUUUGAAUCAGAGGAUGCUGCCAAGGCUCUCUAUGAUGCGUAUGCCAGGUGUGCUGGUUUUAGCACCCAUGUUGGUCAGUUUACUCGUAAUAAGCCCGAUGGACCAAUAGUGACAUGGGAGUUUGCAUGUUCAAGAGAGGUAUUCAGAAAAAAGAAUGUCGAAAGUUGCAAUGCUAUGCUACGUGUAGAGAGAAAGGAUGCAAACACUUGGGUUGCCACUAAGUUUAUUGAGGACCACAACCAUUCGAUGGAAAGUCCAAAUAAAGUCCAUUACCUUCGACCGCGUAGACACUUUGCAGGUGCUGCAAAGAAUACAGCUGAGACUUUGGAUGUCUCUUCUGAUGCUUAUGUCUCUAUGGAUGGGAAUCAUGCCCCUUAUGAACCAAAUCGUGGAGGUAGGAGUGUCUCUCCUGUUGAACCAAAUCCUCCUGCCAGGAAUGUUGCGCCUAUUAACUACACAGGGCCUUCUAGCCGGAAGAGAACACUUGGAAGAGAUGCCCAAAAUCUUCUAAACUAUUUCAAGAAGAUGCAAGCUGAAAAUCCUGGAUUUUAUUAUGCCAUACAGCUUGAUGAUGAAAACCGCAUGACUAAUGUUUUCUGGACUGAUGCGAGAUCGAGGACUACUUACAACUACUUUGGAGAUGCUGUAAUUUUUGAUACAAUGUAUCGACCAAAUCAGUACCAGGUGCCAUUUGCUCCUUUUACCGGUGUAAAUCAUCAUGGCCAGAUGGUAUUGUUUGGCUGUGCACUACUUCUAGAUGAGUCUGAGUCUUCCUUUACUUGGCUGUUUAAGACAUGGCUUUCUGCAAUGAAUGAUCGGCCUCCUAUUUCUAUAACUACUGACCAGGAUAGAGCAAUACAAGUGGCUGUAGCGCAGGUAUUCCCAGAUACGCGCCACUGCAUAUGCAAGUGGCACAUUUUAAGAGAAGGCCAAGAAAGACUGGCUCAUAUAUAUCUUGCUAAUCCUUCUUUUUAUGGAGAGCUGUAUAGCUGCAUCAACUUUUCAGAGAAAAUUGAGGAUUUUGAAUCAUCAUGGCUGUCCCUUCUUGAUAGGUAUGACCUUCGGAGAAAUGAUUGGCUACAGGCAGUGUAUAAUGCUCGAAAGCAGUGGGCCCCAGUUUAUUUUCGUGGGACUUUCUUUGCUGCAAUUUCCUCAAAUCAGGGAGUUAGAUCUUUCUUUGAUGGCUAUGUGAAUCAACAGACGAGUAUACCUCUGUUUUUUAAGCAGUAUGAAAGGGCUCUGGAGCAUGCAUUAGAAAAAGAAAUAGAAGCAGAUUAUGAUACCAUUUGCACCACACCAGUACUGAAGACACCAUCACCAAUGGAACAACAGGCAGCUAACUUGUAUACAAAAAAAGUAUUUGCCAAGUUUCAGGAGGAAUUAGUUGAAACUUUUGUCUAUACUGCAAAUAGGAUAGAUGAAGAUGGGCUUGUCAGUAAAUACAGGGUUGCAAAGUAUGAACAUGAUGACAAGGCUUAUAUAGUUGAAUUAAAUGUCUCUGAGAUGAAAGCAAGCUGCAGCUGUCAGAUGUUUGAACAUGCUGGCAUCCUCUGUAGACAUAUUUUGACUGUCUUCACCGUCACAAAUGUUCUUACCCUUCCAUCACAGUACAUAUUGAAGCGAUGGACAAGGAAUGCCAAAUCUUGGGUUGGAGUAGAUGAACAGAUCUCAGAUCCGCAAGGUGUUGAGAUACUCACUGUGCGGUUCAACAAUUUAUGUCAGGAAGCCAUUAAAUAUGCGGAGGAAGGUGCAGUUGCUGUAGAGACUUACAAUGCAGCAAUGAUUGCUCUACGAGACAGUGGGAAAAGGAUUGCUGAUAUGAAGAAAAAUGUUGCUAAAGCUGCACCUCCUAGCUCUCAUGAUAGUGGAAGUAUACAGGAAGAAAGUAUUAAAAAAGUUCCUUUGGCAUUUGGCGAAAUGGUCCCCCCAUUGUGGCCUUGGCAAGAGGCAUUGCCACAUCGAUUUAAUCUUAAUGAUGUUGGAGUUCCAGUUACUGGAAUAAAUCAGCCUAGCAUGGCGGGUUCUAUACAACCUGAUGGUGGGCAUCCUGAUAAUACGGUAGUUUAUACUUGUUUCAAGUCUAUGACAUGGGUCAUAGAAAAUAAGAAUUCAACAUCAGCUGGCAAAGUUGCUGUUAUUAACUUGAAGCUGCAAGAUUAUGGCAAGAACCCGGCAGGAGAAACAGAUGUACAAUUUAGGGUAACUAGGGUUACACUAGAGCCUAUGUUAAGAUCGAUGGCCUACAUUGGUCAGCAACUUUCUGCACCAGCCAACAGAGUUGCUGUUAUCAAUCUCAAGCUACAAGAUACAAAUACAGCUUCUGGAGAAACAGAAGUCAAGUUUCAAGUUUCCAGAGAUACACUAGAUUCCAUGUUGAGAUCAAUGGUUUACAUCCAUGAACAACUAUGACAUGUAAGACACUAUCUUCAGUAAUAUGCGGGAUAUUAUAUGUUGUCAUGAUUGAAUACAUUAGUUAGAUGCAGUCUACUUUUCCUUUUAUAUGAGG